GGAGUUCCUAGUCUGGUCUGUCACCUUGACAACAUUGGCCCAAUGACAGCCCGCACGCGAACUAGGCCAGCCAAUCAGAGGCGGCCGCUAAAGCUGCAUGUCAUUUCUGCUCCGCUUUGCUACCUGCAGCGUGUUUUGUUUGUCUGUCUGCCGUGAAAAUCUCUCGGACCGCUGGCUGGAGCCAAACACGGGACGUCUCGCCCCACUUCCCGCUCAUGAGGACCCCAGGAGCCGCGGAGGAGACGCGGAGCGGGCUUCUGUGAAGUCAGGUGCCGCUGGAUGAGAGGGUCUGACUAGGCAUUAUUUUCUACCCGGUGACAGAGGCAGAAGCAGCGGCGCAUCCUUCUCCCCUCCCUUCCCUGCUCCUCUGCUGCCCUCCACGGCCGCCGCAGUCCACCAGCCAUGGCCCUGGUGACUCUGCAGCGAUCUCCCACCCCUAGUGCGGCAUCCUCGGCCAGCAGCAGCGCGGGGGAGGAUUUUGGAAGUGAUGAUGACAGGAAAAAUAAUCAGAGCAUCAGUGAAAGCUUCUUCAUGGUCAAAGGAGCUGCCCUCUUUCUCCAGCAGGGCGGCAACACACAGGGACCAAAGACUCCGACUCACCACAAGCAUGCAGGUGAUUUACCUCAACAUCUGCAGGUGAUGUUCAAGAUCCUGCGGUCUGAAGAUCGCAUCAAGCUGGCUGUGCGUUUGGAAAGCGGAUGGUCAGAGCGCGUGCGUUACAUGGUUGUUAUCUACACUAACGGCCAUCAAGACACGGAAGAAAACAUUGUUUUGGGAAUGGAUUUUCCAGACAAGGACAGUAAAAACUGCUCCAUUGGGAUGGUCCUGCCUCUGUGGAGUGAUGCCAACAUUCAUCUAGACGGAGAUGGAGGCUUCAGCGUGAACACAGCAGGCCGGUCACAUGUCUUCAAACCCGUUUCUGUGCAGGCUAUGUGGUCUGCCCUGCAGGUCCUCCAUAAGGCAUGCGAGGUGUCCCGCCGGUUCAACUACUUCCCAGGAGGCAUUGCUCUUACGUGGAUGGCGUUCUAUGAGAGCUGCAUCACCUCAGAGCAAAGCUUCAUCAAUGAGUGGAACGCAAUGACUGACCUGGAGACCACCAGGUCCGAUUCCCCCAACAUGUUCGUCGAUGGACCAACAGAGCGAGAAAGAACAGAGUGUCUUAUCAAGUCCAAACUUCGCAACAUCAUGAUGUUUCAAGACUUGGAGAACAUCACGUCAAAGGAGAUCCGUAAUGAGCUGGAGCAGCACAUGAGCUGCAACCUCAAAGAGUACAAGGAGUUCAUCGACAACGAGAUGCUCCUGAUCCUGGGUCAGAUGGAUAAAGCCACACUCAUCUUUGACCACGUUUAUUUGGGUUCUGAGUGGAACGCCUCCAACCUUGAAGAACUACAAAACUGCGGAGUCGGUUACAUUCUGAACAUUACCAGAGAGAUUGACAACUUCUUCCCAGGGAUGUUUUCCUAUCACAACAUCCGCGUGUACGACGAGGACGCCACUGACCUGCUGGCCCACUGGAACGAUACCUACAACUUUAUUGCCAAAGCCAAGAAGAAUAACUCAAAGUGCCUGGUGCACUGCAAGAUGGGUGUGAGCCGCUCUGCCUCCACAGUUAUUGCCUACGCCAUGAAGGAAUACGGCUGGUCUCUGGAGAAAGCGUACAACUACAUCAAGCAGAAGAGGAGCAUAGCUCAGCCAAAUGCUGGUUUCAUGCGGCAGCUGGCGGAGUAUGAGGGAAUCCUCGACGCCAGUAAACAACGUCACAACAAGCUGUGGCGGCCUGACACAGACGAGGAAGGUUCAGACGAUCUGCAAGCAUCGGGUCACAGUACAGGUGGAGAGGAGACGCCGGUGCUCAGAGGGGAAGAGGCCUGGGGAGGCUGCGGGGCGUCACCAUGCAGGGGUCUGGAGAUGGAACCCUUAGACUCUCUCAACUAUAACUAUUACUUCAGACGUUUAUCGGACUCUGCACUCGACAGCGAGCCGUCCACACCGGUGCGGGGACCUCCUCUGUUAGGCAUGGAGAGAGUUUUUAUCGAAAUAGAGGACGUGGAGAGAGAUGCCCUGCUGGAGGACGAGGGUUUCCCCAUGGCCCACCUAACUCUGCCCGGCGAGGGCACCGCUGCUCAGACGUGCAGCCGCCUCGACCCAAUGGAGGACAUGAGACUGAGGCUGGAAUUCAGCACGCUGGAGGAAGAGGACGAGGAGGAGGCCAAGAAGGAGGAAGAAGAGAUGGCGGCCUUGGCUCAGACACCCGGGAGUUCGGGUGGGAGGAAGACGGGAGAGGAGGCCGAGGGGAACGAGGAGAGCCAGCUGGGUUUAGCCAACCUGAACACCAACAACAGCAACCGCCUGGCUGCCAAGCGUAGCUGUCCUGCAGCUUUUGAUGACAGUCCCAGCGCAGGAAACCCAUUAAAAGUGAAGCCUUCCUAUCAGUCUUGUAAAGACUGCAUGCGUCUACCACAAGGGCGGCGCUGCGACCGUCCAGCAGGAGGCCGUUCACACCGCCUUAACCCCUCCCGCCACUGCACGCUACCCUCCAUAUGCAUAGAUCCUCCAGGGACGCACUUUACUUCAACUCCGGUUCUGUCAACCCCGACGGUCAUUCCGUCUAACUUGGUCCAGCCCUGCACUAACUUCUACCAAUGUUCCAGCUGCACGAUCGGUAGCACAUCCACUCCUGAAGCCAACCAUCAGAAACUUUUCUCACCCAUGAACUGUGAGGAAACGCCUCCGGACGGCAGCUCGGUGGAGACAGAGGACAUGGAGGAGCCGCAGAACGAGGUCACGAGGCAGAGUAACGAGACCAUCGAUGUGGCUGGAGCCGACGGGCUCAAAUUUGGUGCUGAGAUUGCAAGCUUCCAGUAGGUCCUCUGCCUUAGUCCCAUUCUGACGCAUCCUCUCCAUGAAGGAGCUGGCUUACCACUGCCUCAGCUGCUGUGAUGGCUGUGAAUAUUAGAUGCUGUGGUGUUGCACCAUGAAUGCAGAAGCUCUGCAGUGACCUCUGCUGUUUCCGCCUUGCCUCAUAACUUCAGAAGAUAAGUCAGUACACUGCAAAAACACAAUGUUUUUUGUCUAGUUUCUAGUGAAAUAAAGCAGAAGUAACUGACAAAUAACUUUUCAGCAAGAUACAGUAGCCUGUUUUAAGUCAAUAAUUCCUUAAUAUUGUUUUUUUUCAAGUACUAGUUCUAUUAUAUCACUAUACGUUUUUUAUUAAUAUAAAGAAAUUAUUGACUUUAAACAAGUUCUUAUCUUGCUGAGAAGUUAUUGGUAAGUUAGUUUUUUUUAUUUCAAGUGCACUAAGACAUUUUCAUUAGAAAAAUGACCAAAAAUACUUAGGAUUUUGUGUUUUUUGCCAUCUAGCAGCUAUGUAUGACUUCACAGAGAGUGCACUUUUAUAGAAGCUGGCUGUUUUCAAAACCUGGAUAGAUGGGGCUGAGUGAGGAGAGAAGAGCUGCUUCCUAACCCGUCAUUAACUGUUUAAGAGCCUCAUAUGAACUCUGUACACUUUGCAGUCCCAGUACACAUGCAGUUUCACCUCAUUUCAGUGGCGAUGCACCCAUCAUACCUUCAGCAGAGAUUGUUAGGUCUUGUUCAUGUUGUUGCCUGGUUACAAAACGCUAAAUUUGGCAUAUUAAUCUUAACACAAACGACUUCUGACAGCAUGCUUUACGUUUUCAAUCAUAUUCAAAGUAUUCAGUAUGUACUCAUGCGGGAGCUCAAUACAAUAUUUACAUUUGGGCCUGUUCUCACACAUCAUGUUAUCCUCUUGCCUGCUGAUAUUGUUGCUGCUGCAGCUGCUUUUUGCAUUGUGUGUGUAUUCACAAUAAUUUAAGAAACGGAUGUAAUCAUGAGUCUUUGGACUACACGCUUUUCAGACUGUUUUGGUGAAGGACUGUUUUGUUCCCAGUUCUCUUUUAUUGUUGAGCCUGACCUCUUCUAUUAAAGUUAAUUGAAUCAUCUAGUUUAGGCGCUCAGUUUAGCCCAUGAAUGAGCAUGCAAAAUUACAAAACACAGGUUUUGUUAAACAUUUCUUCAUUUUUACUUGUAUUAAUAUUUUACCUGUGGGUCACACUAUUUAAUAACAACUGAAAGCACAUUGAUUUAAAAUUAAAUUUUGUCGUAAAUGGACUAAAAUGUUAGUUACCUCGAGGUACAAUUUGACUGAACCACUGUUAACAAUUUCCUCCCAUAACAAAGUUUUCCUGUUACCUCGGCCACUUCUUGUGUGUUUUUCUACUUUUCGAUACAAAACUGUGCCAUUUAUACAAAUUACAUCCACAAUAAGUGUUUGUUUUUUUUUCCUAAAAAAUGAGUAGCACUAAAGAUUCUAGAAGUACUCCAUGUAAAUGAGGGAAAGUAUUGCCCCACUGGAAUCAGAUUGUACCUUCAGGCCUCGCUUAAAAUUGAAAGAAAGUAAGAAAGAAUUAUAAGACACAACAAAAAGCCUAAAGAUUGACUUAACUGUGCAGUCUGCAGUCUUUGAGAGCUCUAAUAGAAUACGUCAGGUCUGCACCAUGAGUUUCCUGAAUGAUUUGAGCAUGCAUUGCUCAUUGUCAUAGCAAAUCUGACUUUAUUAAUACAGCGUUUUAAGAACAGAUUCAACCUCAUCAAAUCCAACACCUGGCUCUGAGUAUCAUAAUUUAUUAUAUUUACUCACUAAAAAAAAUAUUUCAGGCUCUACAGCCUUGGUGUGAUUAAUGUGGCGAUUGCAACUCCACAGCAAGGCUGAAUCUGAUCAUGAAAGUGCAGAAUCUUAUUCUUUGUAAUAUAACUGUGUAGACUGUUAAACAAAUAUCUUUCACCUUGUCACUAAAAUACGGUUUUCCAGAUUUGAUAGGGAUGGUGUUUCUGGAGGUUAUGGGGGCGAUACAUUUGUAAUUGCACAUCAACCAGUCAAAAAUUUAGAAUUGUUCUUAAAUCCAGUUAAUCUUAUCUUCAUUCUUCAAGAAAUAUAAAUAUAGCACAAAGAAAUGUUAAUGGUACUCUUCCUUUUUGUCAAAGAAGUGAAACUCUGUUAAAAGCUGGAAAAUAUUUGAGAUUCAUAACAAAAGCUGCUUUUUUUAUAAACUGGAUGGUCUGUGGCACAUGGAGGUUUUGACGUCUGGCCAAACCAUUUUGUUUAAAUCUUUCUCAUUUUAUUUUGAAGAUUAUUUUGGUUUUUACAUGAGCAUUCAGUCCAACUCACAGUUGUCCAGUUUAUUGGAAGUUGAGCCAUGAUUAGUUUCUCUUCAGGUUCUUUCUCUGUAGCUGAUGGUACUUUUUUUUUUUUUUUUUAAUGUCUGAGCCUGAAUGAUGCCUGCUUGUGUGCAGGAAAAGCACUUGUUUGUUGUUUUCCUCUGUCUAUUUUGAGAACUUCAGGGAAAUGAGAGAGCUAAAAGAGUCAUUGCUGAUUAGUUGCAUCUACCUUUUGUGUUAUUUUACACAUUUUUAUACAUCUUAGAAGAAAAAAAUCCAUCCAGUUUGUCUUAGCUGAAUCUGAGAGAGCUGUGAGUUUGCUCUUCUGAUGAAAUUAUAAUACUUUGGGUGUUUCUCAAGCUGUUUUGUUCCUUCCUUUGACUAUCUGAGCAUCUUUAACACAUAUUUCGGACAUUUUUUAAGAGUCUAACUGUUGUAUUUAAAAGUAUAAUUCAGUUCUAAUUGUUAUACAAUUAAUUUUGCAGACUGGAAUUGCAUAAACCUAUACAUGAAAUUCUCACGUUUUUCUUUUGUUUAGAUUUUGUGACAUCUAGUGGUAAAGCUGCAAAUUGCAACUACCUGAAAAGCUUCAUCUUACCUUCUUUGUGCCACAUAUUUCCACAUAUUUCACUCAUUAAUAUAUUACUUUAACUGGACUACGCCAGGAUGUUUGAAAUCUAGCCAAUCAUGUAGUUCACUGUAAUAUUAAAUAAUUCUGAUUUUCUUGUUUUGCGUUUAUCGUAGAUAUGUGCCUGUGUGAUAUGUUUUCAAGAUUGUUUCUAUUUCUUAAAAUAAAAUGCCUCUGAGAGCUUAUUUAUAAAAUUCAGGUGGUAUGUAUAAAACAUGUGUCUAUCACUCAGAAGUAUGAGGUCUAUGCCCCAUCCGGUGCUAUUAUUUUUAUGAUUUUUACAAUUGUUUUUGUUUAAUUAGGAUACCAUUGUUGUUGUUUUUAUUUUAAUCGUUAAUAUCUCAAUUUUGUUCUGUAUAUUUUUUAACUUCUGUGAGCUUUCGGUGACUAUUUGGGUAUGGUUGUACAUUUUUAAGGUGUGGUGGUUUCUUGCAAAGCAUUUUCUGGUGUUUAAAAAACGAGCCGUCUGCCACAGGAUAAUUUGUACUCAUUAUGACGACCGAUUUUCUGCUGCAAUGAGAUGGGAUCACAUGACUCCAGUAAACGAUGGCCUUCAGCAGAAGUUAUUCUGGUUCAUUUGUGGGUCAUAAUCAAAAGGUGCUGACCGUCCCAAAAUAGAGAUCAGAAUCACAAUUAUUAGAAACGGAGUUGGAAUAUAAAAGGUACAGAACAUAUUUUAUUGCUAAAAGUGAACUAUGUGAGCUCUGAGCUCUCCAUAAUUCAUGAAAAAUAGUUCAAUAAAUUGAUACGCAAUGCUUUAGGUGCAGGGGUAUAAAAUGGAAGCAGGAAGGCAUGAAAUGGUGAUGUAUGGGCACAAAAUGAGUACUAAUUAUCAGAAAUUAGAAUUGUUCAGGAGCCUUAAAUUCAAAUAUCCGCUAUGCCACCAACUAGAAAAUGCUCAGUUUCAGUUUUAGUUUUUGCUACCUGGUGCUCUGUCUGCAUCAGUCUCCUUCAUAGGUUAUUGAAUUACUUAGACUCUUAACAGCUAAUUUACUUGAUAGUCAUCGUACUCUCUUUCUGUCUUCAAACUUCAGCAUCAUAUUUGUUUUGCUUUUUGCCUCACAUUUAAAUAUCCUUUUGUAUUGAAGUGCCUUAAUUGUGGCCAGAGCUCUGUUGUAAAGCACCCCAUCGAUUGCAAAUGGGUUUUCAGAAAAUGUGUUUAACUUCUAAUUUAUCGUCACUGUUUGAAAGUUUAUGCUUCUUGCAGCAUUUAACUCGGCACAUGAAUAUUGUAUGCAAACAAAUAUGCUCAUACAUGCCAUUCUCUCCCUCAUAACUCACAUACUUAAUGGACUUCCAUCUAUUAUUAGCCUGUAAUGAUACUGUAUUUGUUAUCGUAUAGCUUGCCGUAUGCUGCAUCGGUUCAGUAGCUGGCUGAACAUUUAUUUGCUGGAAAAAGAGAAAUCAUUUGCAUCAAAUUGUUACAAAUUAAGAGUUUGUCUUUGAGAUGCUGCAUCUGGACAAGUCUUUCUUCUGCAGUACAUCAGCUUAACAACAUUAAGAAAAAAAUACCAAUAGUGUUAUUGUGUACCAAGAAGCACUUGUGAAUUAUUGUGUUUUUAGCACAGUAAAAAUGAUUUGCAAUCAUUGUAACUUUGGAAAAUAUUUUCCAGUUGUGAAUUAGUUUUUUUAAAUUUUUAUUUAUUUAUUUUUCAGUUCAAUUGGUGCCAAAUACAGGCAUCAAAAAGGACAAUCCCAGUUAUGAGCCGGACAUAACCGUGAGGGCUGUGGGGCAAAUUGUAGUUUAAAAGGGGGAAUUGUAUUUAUUGAGUGUACAGAGCACAAGUAUUUCCCAAAGCAUGUGAGGUUGAGAUGAGUGGUAAAUCUAGAAAAAAAAAACACCUGGAGAGCAAGCUGAUUUAAUGUUCACAUUUUGUUUUCUGGUUAUCUGUGUACUGUAUCAGUGUUCAGGUGUACACACCUUCUUUUUUUUUUCCUUUUUUUUUUACAUUUUGUUACACUGUGUCCAGUCUGAUGUAUA